UGCUCGGCUCGAGUGCGGCUGCUGCUCAGCGGAGACAGCAAGCAGAGGAUCCCAGGAUGCCCAGCUUCGACCGUUCCUGUGGCUGCAGCCGUGGCCCUAACGUGGAAGAUGGCAAGUGGUAUGGGGUCCGCUCCUAUCUGCAUCUCUUCUAUGAGGACUGCGCAGGUACUGCCCUCAGUGAUGACCCUGAGGGGCCUCCUGUGCUGUGUCCCCGCCGACCCUGGCCCUCACUGUGUUGGAAGAUCAGCCUGUCCUCAGGGACCCUGCUUCUGCUGCUGGGCGUGGCAGCCCUGACCACUGGCUAUGCCGUGCCGCCCAAGCUGGAGGGCAUCGGAGAGGGUGAGUUCCUGGUGCUGGAUCAGCGGGCAGCCGACUACAACCAGGCUCUGGGCACCUGCCGUCUGGCAGGCACAGCACUCUGCGUGGCGGCCGGGGUCCUGUUGGCCAUCUGCCUGUUCUGGGCUAUGACCGGCUGGCUGAGCCACGGCACCAAGGCAGAACCCUUGGACAUGGACAUGGACAGCCAUGUGGAGGUCUUCGGGGAUGAGCCAGAGCAGCAACUGUCCCCCAUCUUCCACAAUGCCAGUGGCCAGUCUUGGUUCUCACCACCCGCCAGCCCCUUUGGGCAGUCCUCUGUGCAGACCAUCCAGCCCAAACGGGACUCUUGAGCCACCCACAUGGCCACAGGAGGAGCCAGACCUGCAGACUGGGCCCUUCCUUCUCCCCAUGCACCCACCCUCCUACUGUGUCCCUAAAUUCUCCCAUUCCAUCUAAGCCCCCAGAAGGCCCAGCUUCUGGUCAGUAAGUCUGGAGUCCACAUUCUCAGGCCUCUGCUCCAGGGCUGCAACUCAUCCAAGAGGCUGACCUUCCUCAAGUCCUUCCUAAACUUCCUGCUCACCCCUCCUUUCUAAGGCCCUUCAGGAGCAGAAGACUUCUCCCUCAGCCUAACCCUGCUUUCUCUGUGUGACCUUGGGCAAGCCCCACGCCCUUUCAGGUCACUGGUUCCUGCCUCUGUGCUAUAAGAAGUUUGUGCCAAACUCUAUAGUUGCACGACUCCCCUUCUCUCCCCAGAGUGUAAGCACUGUCCUCCACAGGCAAGGAGGGUGGGGGGAGGGGGAGCGGGUCAUUCUCAUUCACCAACCCUGCCCUCUGCGGGAAGUCUUGGAAGUUGCCCACUUGGACUUCCCCUCCAGAAUGGCACAAAAGCACUUGCCCACACACCAUGUUUUCUACAUGCAUUUUGGCAUCAGAGGUCCUCAGUGUACCAGCCCCGGCUUACAGGCUGAGGUGUGAGGGAGAAUGGCAGUCUGCAGGAACUUGGGUCCACAACUUUAGACUCCCUUGGGCCAACUCCUCUUCUACAAUGGAGCAGGGCGCUGCACUUUCCUGGUUGCCAGGUGACCCGAGGGUGGGGGACUGGGUUGGGAGACUAGGGUUGAGUCCAGAGAGACCAGCUGGAGACCUGAUGAUCCCAGUAGGGUUCGCAAGAUAACUUGGAUGUGCAUUGAAGUGGUUUUUAAGAGCUUGGGCAGGAGAACUGGCAUAUUUUUGUCUCUCAAAAUCCAUCUACCUAGAAACAUCACCCAUUGGUCUUCACCUUACUCUGUAACAGAUGUGGCUUUUGGGAGGCCCAAUCUCCCCCCAUUUUCAGGCUCCCCAGACAGAGGCAGCACCUCUAUUAGCUACCGCCAGGGGGAGCUCUAGGACAGCUGGAGAGAGGCACGAUGGUUUUUUUUUUUUUU